AUGGCAUCGUCAUUAUCUGUUCCAUUGUCGGUUAUUUUUGUUUCAUUUCUAUACAUCUUACCCUUUGUUGCUGCUGAUCGUGCCAUUGAGCUUGGUGGAGGUAUUGGUGGUGGUAUUGCCGGUCUCAUUAUUUUGAUUCUUGAUAUCAUCGCUAUCGUCGAUGUUUUGAAAUCUGAUCGUAGCAUUGCUGGAAAAUUACUCUGGAUUCUUAUCAUCGUAUUGUUUCCAAUUGGUGGUUUGAUUAUAUGGUGUCUUUGCGGAAGAAAGACAGCUAAUAUUGUUUGA